AAUGUACCACAUAUAAGUUCUUAAUACUUCUGGAUCAGUUGAUGUUAGCUUUUAGGCAGCCUUCCACAUUCUGGCUUUUUUCCAAGAAAGAUGGAAGAGCUGAGUCAAGCCCUGGCUAGUAGCUUUUCUGUGACCCAAGAUUUGAAUAGCACAGCAGCCCCACAUCCCCGCCUGUCACAGUACAAAUCCAAGUACAGUUCCUUAGAGCAGAGUGAGCGGCGCCGUCGGUUACUGGAACUGCAGAAAUCCAAGCGACUAGAUUAUGUGAACCAUGCCAGAAGACUGGCUGAAGAUGACUGGACAGGGAUGGAGAGUGAGGAGGAUGAAGAGAAGAAAGAUGAUGAAGAAAUGGACAUUGACACUAGCAAGAAAUUACCAAAACGCUAUGCUAAUCAAUUGAUGCUGUCUGAGUGGUUAAUCGAUGUCCCUUCAGAUUUGGGACAGGAAUGGAUUAUGGUUGUGUGCCCUGUUGGAAAAAGAGCCCUAAUCGUGGCCUCCAGGGGUUCCACCAGUGCCUACACCAAGAGUGGCUAUUGUGUCAACAGGUUUUCUUCCCUUCUGCCAGGAGGCAACAGGCGAAACUCAACAACAGCAAAAGACUACACCAUUCUGGACUGCAUUUACAGCGAGGUAAACCAGACCUACUACGUUCUAGAUGUGAUGUGCUGGCGAGGACACCCUUUUUAUGACUGCCAGACUGAUUUCCGAUUCUAUUGGAUGCAUUCAAAGUUACCAGAAGAAGAAGGACUGGGAGAGAAAACCAAGCUCAAUCCUUUUAAAUUUGUGGGACUCAAGAAUUUCCCAUGUACACCUGAGAGCCUUUGUAAGGUGCUAUCCAUGGAUUUCCCUUUUGAGGUGGAUGGGCUUCUCUUCUACCACAAGCAAACGCACUACAGCCCUGGAAGCACUCCCCUGGUGGGCUGGCUGCGCCCCUACAUGGUAUCAGAUGUUCUUGGUGUAGCUGUGCCAGCUGGUCCACUGACCACCAAGCCAGAAUAUGCUGGACACCAGCUCCAGCAGAUUAUUGAGCACAAGAGGAGCCAAAAGGAGGGCAUGAAGGAGAAACUCCCACACAAGGCCUCUGAGAAUGGACACUAUGAGUUGGAGCACCUGUCUACCCCCAAGCUAAAGAGCCCUCCCCAUAGCCCAGACCACCCUGGGGGCCUCAUGGAAAACUAAAGAGAGCAGCUUCCUUUGGGAGUCAUGGGAUAGUGCCUGACCCCAGAAGGAAGCUGGAGAGGAGGACAGUGACUGUAACAGGUGACUUCAUUUUAAAGUGGAUUUUCCAAAGGCAUUCCAUCUGGAAACCAGCUUAUUUCCUUUCUGAAAUGUUGGCUCAAACAUUUGGAGGGUUGGAGAGUUGGUUCCCAGAUGGGAUAGUGUUCAGGUGGGGUUGAGUUCCUCCUGUUGUGAAAAGUAUAUCCCAGGUCCCCAAUGUAAAUAUAUAUAAUU